UUGGAAUUAGCUUACAAAAAAACGGAAAGUCUGCCAGGAGUUAAGGAACAUUCAAUUUAAACUUUGCCGAUUGUCCGUAGGGUUGGUCCUUAUUCAGGGGGAAAUUGAGAAAAAUAAUCUAAUAGAACAUAAAUUGAACAAACGUUCCAAACGUGGGUCUGUUGUAGAUUUACCUCCUCUCUGCCUACGUUUGGUAAUGAAGUUCCAUUAGAUGUUUGUCCCCCCCAAUGCAUAUGGAUCAAGCUUACAGACAAUCGACAGAGUCUGAUGUCAUGUUUCAACCGUGUUGAAAAUGACAUUAAUGCCAGGAGUCCAGGGUCUGCUAGGCCUUCACAGAACCCUUGUACCAGCUUUUAGCCGCUUUGUCUCAUCUCCCGCCCAGCUGACAUCUGUCGGACUUCCCAGGGGGCUUUGCACCGUCACUGCAACUGUCAGCGACUCAAAGCCUUCAGUGGGGCCUGAGAAUGAGUCCUUGCUGGAGAGCUUGACCUUCAUGGGGGUGGACGUGAAGAUGGUGCGCCAGCGCCAACCGGGAGUGCUUCGCAAGGUCAUCACCAAUGAGCAAGGUCUGGCUCACUUUCUCCAUGGCAAAGGCGCCAGCCGCAAAGUGGUGGCCGGCAUCAUCUCCCGGUACCCACGAGCCAUCACUCGCUCGGGCGAGCACUUGGAGCAACGCUGGGCGAUGUGGCGGAGUGUCUUCAAGAGCGACAGCGAAAUCGUCAGCAUUCUGGACCGCUCGCCCGAGUCCUUCUUCCGUUCGAGCGACAACGACAACCUGGAGAAGAACAUCGUGUUCCUGGGCUCGCUGGGCCUCAAUGCCAAGGACCUCCACCGCCUGCUGACCACGGCGCCACGGACCUUCUCCAACAGUGUCGAGCUCAACCGUCAGAUGGUGGAGUUCCUGGAAGACGUGUGCGCCGAGUUGGGUGGAGAGGACCCUGGGCAGUUCGCCACGGUAGUGAUUUCCCGAAACCUCUAUGUCCUCAUCCGCAGCACCAAGAGGGUGAAGGCAAACAUUGACUUCCUCAAGGCGACUUUCAAGAUGAGUGAUCCGGAGCUGCUGGCUCUGCUGCAGGGUGCUGGGGCAGAAAUCUUGGACCUCUCUAACGAGUACCUGAAGAGAAACCUCAAGAUGCUUCAUGAGAAGCUGGCGUCUCUCGGCUGUCGGAAAGUCGACGUCAAGAAACUGAUCGUCUGCUACCCCACUGUGCUGUUCAUCGGGUCGGAUACGCUGAGUUCAAAACUGGACUGUCUAUUAAAGGGAGGGAUCACUAUGAAGCAGAUACUGGAGAAACCUAAGGUCCUGGAGUACAGCACGCAGAACAUCACAGGGCGACUGGAGGAGCUGCUUAAACUCCGGUAUGACUUUGAAAAGAACGGCAUCAACAUUCUGGACUCUAGCCGAAAACGGUUCGACGCCAAGUUGGAAAGACUGGCUCUCUCGUCAGAGGAAUGAGUUGUAUCAAUGUUUUGGUUAUUGGAAUGAAUCAGACAUUUUUUUGGCACUAGAUUUUUGUCAUUGCUGCCUGAAGCAUGGCCUCUACAUAUCAUUGUCCUCCUAAACUAUAGGAUUUGAUUGUGCAUAGCUGUAAUAAGCAAAGUAUACGGUAGGUAAAAACAUGUCAAUGAUAAAGAGAAUCAUGUCAGUAUCAGGAGACAUUUAUUUUAAUUUAAACCAAAAAGAGUAUGUAAAGUAGUAUCAUCAUAUUUGAACUAUGAUUUAGAUUUUUACGUAAGCUAACAAACUGUGUUGUAGUACUGUGUCAAUGUAUUUCUCAUGAUUGAUUCUGAGGCACCUUAUUGAACUUACCAAUGGUUUUACGGAACUGUAAACUGCCAAGAGGCAUCAAUACACUGUUUUCACUGACAGAUUCUCAAACUUCUCUUUUGCCAGAUGAGUUGUCCGAUGAGAAAUCAGCCAAACCCUUUCUUCCUAGCUUACAGUGCAUUCGGAAAGUGUUCAGACUCCUAGACUUUUUCCACAUUUUGUUAUGUUACAGCCUUAUUCUGAAAUUGAUUAAAUAAAUACAAAUCCUCAUCGAUCUACACACAAUACCCCAUAAUGACAAUGCAAAACAGGUUUUUAGUUGUAUUACAAAUGAUUUACGUAAGGAUUUAGACCCUUUACUAUGAGACUUUAAAUUGAGCUCAGGGGCAUCCUGUUUCCAUUGAUCAUCCUUGAGAUGUUUCUACAACUUGAUUGGAGUCCACCUGUGGAUAUUCAAUUGAUUGCAUAUGAUUUGGGAAGGUACGCACCUGUCUAUAUAAGGUCCCACAGUUGACAGUGCAUGUUAGAGCAAAAACCAAGCCAUGAGGUUGAAGGAAUUGUCCGUAGAGCUCCGAGACAGUAUUGUGUCAAGGCACAGAUCUGGGGAAGGGUACCAAAACAUUUUUGCAGAAUUGAAGGUCCCCAAGAACACAGUAACCACCAUCAUUCUUAAAUGGAAGAAGUUUGGAACCACCAAGACAAUUCCGAGAGAAAUUGGGGGAGAAGGGACUUAGUCGGGUAGGUUACCAAGAACCCAAUGGUCACUCUGAAAGAGCUCCAGAGUUCUUCUGCGGAGAUGGGAGAACCUUCCAGAAGGACAACCAUCUCUGAUCCAGAGCGCUCAGGACCUCAGACUGGGGCGAAGGUUCACCUUCCAACAGGACAAUACAGGAGUGGCUUUGGGACAAGUCUCAAUGUCCAGAGCCCGGACUUGAUCCUGAUCGAACAUCUCUGGAGAGACCUGAAAAUAGCUGUGCAGCGAUGCUCCCCAUCUAACCUGACAGAGCUUGAGAGGAUCUGCGGAGAUGAAUGGGAGAAACUCCCCAAAUACAGGUGUGCCAAGUUUGUACCAUCAUACCCAAGAAGAUUCAAGGCUGUAAUUGCUGCCAAAGGUGCUUUAACAAAGUAAAGGGUCUGAAUACUUAGUAAUUGUGAUAUAUAUAUUUCUCUAUACAUUUUGCAAAAAUUUCUAAAAACCUGUUGUUGCUUUGUCAUUAUGGGGUAUUGUGUGUAGAUUAGUGAGGGGGGGGGGGGGGAACUAUUGAAUCCAUUUUAGAAUAAGGCUGUAAGGUAACAAAAUGUGGAACAAGUCAAGGGGUCUGAAUUCUUUCUGAAUGCACUGAAUCUGCCUGAAUGAAUGAAUAUGUGAAAAAUCAAGGUAGUUUGAAUUGCAUCAAAAAAUAUGAUGCAUUAGGUUUACUAUAAGUAAUAGUUAUGUAUGUUCUCUGUUUGAUACAAAUAUAUGCCAAUGAACGGUAAUAAAAUUACAGUUGAUACUUUAAUUAA